CGCGUGGAAGGUCGUUCUCGCUGCAGAAAAGCAUGCAGGCGGAGGAGGCUCUGUGUGUAGUGGACAGGGAGGGCCGUGGACCAUCACGAUGGUGUGUCUAGUUUCGUACAGUUGAGUCGUGUAUAUAAGAGGCUUUCACAUCCGCCGCUUCGUCUGUCUUAAUCCUGUUGUUGUCCUCCAAGCACACUAUCCUCACCCUCGACCGUCGCGGACCUUGAACAAGCACAAGUCGCAAUCAUGAAGUUCAUCACGGCUGCCUGCCUCCUCAUCUCAGCCGCUCAGGCUCACUACACCUUCCCCGGCCUCGUCUACAAUGGCGUGACGGAGGCGGACUGGACCUUCGUCCGCCGCACCACCAACGAGUACAGCCACGGCCCCGUCGAGAAUGUGCAGAGCUCGCAGAUCCGCUGCUACGAGCAGCAGCCCGGCUCCAACGGUGCCGGCACCAAGAACGUCAAGGCCGGCGACACUGUCGGCUUCCGCGUCGACCCGUCCAUCCAGCACCCUGGUCCUCUGGCCUUCUACAUGGCCAAGGCCCCCAACGGAGCCACCGCCGAGACCUUCAACGGCGACGGUGCCGUCUGGUUCAAGAUCUUCCAGGACAAGCCUACCUUUAGCUCGGCGGGCCCGACCUGGCCCAACAUGGGCGCCACCAAGGUCUCCGUCACCAUCCCGACCUGCCUUGCCCCCGGCUACUACCUGCUCCGCGUCGAGCACAUCGGUCUGCACUCGGCCAGCAACACCAACGGUGCUCAGUUCUACCAGGCCUGCGCCCAGCUCUACGUCACCGGCUCCGGCACAAAGACCUUCUCUGGCGUCUCCCUGCCUGGCGCUUACUCUGCCGGAGAUCCGGGGAUCAAGUACCAGCUGUACUGGCCGGUUCCGACGUCCUACAUCAACCCUGGACCGGCUCCCGUGACCUGCUAAGCGACUGGAGGCGUAUUUCCGGGUUCGCGGGUACCUGGGACGGUCUGCAGCGCCGUCCUCGUCUAUGCCCCUAUAGAUAGUUGACUCGAGUGUCGAGAUGCCUCCAAGGAGAGGGGAAGGAGCUUGUAGAAGAGCACGGCGGGUUGUUGUGGAAUGUUGCCGUCGCCGUUGCUGGCCAGAGUGUGCGGCAGUGAAAGAGGACCCCCCCCUUUUUAUCGCGCCUUGAGAAUGCCUUUUUCAGGUCAAAUUAGCACUCCUGCGGCGCGAUUUAGGACUCGAAAUACGUAGUGGAUGCUUGGGAAAGACUCAAAAACUUCGUGUACAUAUUUA